UUCGAUCGUUUGUUUGGCCUUCACAAACAAACGCUCCUUACAAGCAAUCAUGAGUCAAUACGUGCAUGUACCAAAAUCAGAACUUGACGAGGCGCAGCUGCGUCAGUUGGAAGAGCACGAAAUCAGCCAGGGGCCCCUUUCAGUUCUGCAACAGGCAGUCCGCAACCAUGCCCAAGUCCUCAUUUCUUUGCGAAAUAACAAAAAGCUUCUCGCUCGUGUAAAGGCCUUUGAUCGUCACAGUAAUAUGGUACUCGAAAACGUCAAAGAGAUGUGGACCGAAGUUCCAAAGGGUAAGAACAAGAAGCCAGUCAACAAGGAUCGGUUUAUCAGCAAGAUGUUCUUGCGCGGAGACUCGGUAAUUCUUAUUCUGCGCAAUCAAGCUUAGAUCGACAUUGAACAGUCUGCCAUGGCCGAGGGCGCUCUGCGGCCCAUCUCGUUCCUUAUGCGGUUCUACUCCAUGUAUACCGCGGAGCAUGGUACCGAUGUAAUUGUCGCAUGUCCUUAAGCAUUAUAUUGACAUAAUUUGGGUAUCUUUGUUGUUUGUAUGGUUCGCUCCACUUAAAAAAUAUACUCCCUGUAGCGCUUUGAGCGCGCCGGACCUGCGCUCAGAGCAAUCUAACUGUGUUGCCCCAAACAUUUUUGAAUUAUAACCUCUGGAUCAAUAUAGAGGCUGAUCUACGCGUGAACAGCUCUUCCCGAAUACCCGAAAUGAGAAGGGACGUCUAUUCAUUGGCUCUAGACCAUGAUGAUGCUGCCAAACUGAC